UGCUUCAUAAUAAUCCACGUUGACUGCAUCCAUCACUUAUGCUGGUUUGUGCAGUAUAUAACUGUCAGUAGCUUCGGGGCUUCUUCUCUGCAUCACCAUCAGUUCGUAGAACUUGUAUGCAAAGUUCACACGGCUGGGCAAGGUUCCCAGAUGAAGAAAUCUUGUGAUUGCUGCAGAAGAUAUGUGGACCAUUUGAAUGGAAAGAUGAAAUGUUUCCACUUACAGAUGCGUGCUGAUUUUGAGCAUAGCAUGAUCAUACCAAACAAGUUCUUGAACCAAUUUGGAGGGAAGAUAUCAAGAACCAUUGAACUAGAAUCCCCCAAGGGUAACGUGUAUGUUGUCAAAGUUACCAAGCACAUGAACAAGACUGUUCUCCAGUGCGGACGGGAGGCAUUUGCAGAUGCCCAUCAGAUAGAAGAGAGUGACUCCCUAUUGUUCCGUCACAUUGAGAAUUCCCGCUUUGAGGUUACAUUCCUUGAUUCUGAUGGAUGUGAGAAAGUAUUUUCCUGUGCUGGCAAAAAAAUGGCAUCUAGUGCUCGAGAAAUAAAUGUAGAUCAUAUCGAUAUUUCAAGCAGCAGUCAAGAUGAUUCCACACAAUCCUCAGGGGGUGAAAGACGCCGUGACAAUCUGCGUGGUAAAACUGCGAAAUUGGCAGCAUCAUCUUCAUCUGGGGAAUCAGGAGAGGAGGCCACUGAGAGCAGUACUUCUGAACAUGAAUUAUUUGAUGAUCUGGUUGAUCCUCAGACACCUGCAGUGCCUGGUUAUAUCUUGUCGCGUGGGACUAGUCUAUCUGCAGCACAGGAGGAAAAAAUAGAUAUGCUUGUGGAGGAUAUUCGACCUGAAGUUCCUCUAUAUGUGACUACCAUUAAGCAUAGCAAUGUUAAUUCACAUCACCCUACUCUUGUAAUUGCUAAGAAUUAUGCAUCUGAACACUUUCGACGUACAAGUCAAACCAUCACUCUUAAGUGUCAAGGCAAGAACAAGAAGUGGCAUCCCAGGUUUUACAUUAGGAAAGAUCAAGUUGGGUACAUCCUUCAAGGGCAUUGGAUAGACUUCGUUCGCAACCAUUUGGAGGAGGGAGAUAUCUGCGUCUUUCACCUAAGAAAGUUUACUGGGAGAAAAUUCAGAGCAACAGUCCAUCUACUCUGUGAAACAAAAUCUCACUCCUUAGGCACACUCCGCGCUAGUCCUAAAAGAAUUGACUCAAGAGAUUGCAGAAUGAGACCAAGAGUGACUGGUGCCAGACGAGCAAGCUCGAAUGAAGACAGGAGAGGGACAAACGGCAUUUCGACAACCGGUUUCAAGGAGGAACUAGAUGAUGAUCAAUGCAACAACAAUCAAGGAAAGCGCCAGGAACCUCUCGGUUUCGAUGACUCUGGUGGAAGCUCUAAGCAUUACGUUUUGUCAGAUAGAGCUUCCCUGACUGCGGAACAAAUGACGAAAGUGGAAGAGAUUGUUCACUCCAUUCAAUCUGAUGUUCCCAUUUAUGUGUCAAUAAUGAGCAAAAUCAACGUUGGUACCGACGGGCUCUACAUUAUAACCAUACCAUACAAAUUUGCACAAAAUUUCAGGGACAAGAUCCAAGGAACCAUCAAACUAAAGGCAUGUAAUGGUAGCACUUGCAGUGUUCUUGUUGCCAAAAGCUCAAAAAAGUUGGUCCUUACAGCAGGGUGGGCCGCAUUUGCCAACUCUCAUGACCUGAAGAUGGGUGACUUUCUGGUAUUCAGAUACAUUGGCAAUUCACAAUUCAAGGUUAAAAUCUUUGAUCCAAGCGGCUGUGUGAAAGCAUCAUCACUCAAUGCUGUCAAAUUUGGCCGGCAUGUCCAAACCAUGCAAGGAGACCCAAUUGAAACCUCAAGCAGCUCCGAUAACCAUCUGAUUGAAAUGGAUGGCACAGACAAAUGCAGCAAGAAGAUGAAGACAGAGAAACCUGCUUCUUCCCCAGAAGAUGAUCAAGAAACACCUGCUUCAAGCAGUGUUGUGUUCUCUCCUCCUACAAAACUGCUAACUGAGGUGCACAGGAUGAAAGUAGAAGAGAUCAAGGCCAGAGCUGUCCAUUCCAAGUACCCUGUUUUUGUGGCUGCCAACAAAGCCAACAUUAGUCGAGUCCCUUGUUAUCUGGCAAUCUGCAGGAACUAUGCCAGCAAAUACCUUCCACGCGAGCACCAAAUGGUAACGCUUCGACGAGGAGGCAAGAGCUGGCAGGUAUGGUUUCGUGUCAACAAGCACGAUCUGAGAAUGCUUUCCAGAGGAUGGAAAAAGUUCGCAGGAGACAAUGGGCUGCAGGUAGUCGACGCAUGCCUCUUUGAACUGCUGAGUGUCGACGAGAACUCGUACACCAUGAACGUCCAUAUCAUUCGCAAGUAGUUACUGCUUCUGUAGAUCUCUUAGGUUGGUGUUUGGUUAGUAUACUAGGUGGAGAUGAGUUGGAUCCAUCUUUGUUUUGCAAGAUGAGUUGGUUCUAUUUUCUGUGGUUUAAGGGAUGAACGUAAGAUGAUUGAACAUGAUUACCUCUCCACAAUAAGUUAGUGAGGCUAUCUCUCACA